AGUACAUACAUAUAUUAAGUACUUUCUGCGCUGGAUGUCAAAAAGGUAGCCUAUUUGUUUUCGCUUUCCAUGCAGCAACUGAAAGAAUCUUAAUAAUAUUGUCCCGCCGAGGCAUAGCCGUUAUUAUUGGGUUCUGCGCACUCCGCCACUACCUUAGCUUCAACUCCUUCGGACUGGAACCUCUUCCUGAACCAUCUGUGUCUCUGACCACUCGGCGUCCCUACACGCUGUCAGGUUGACCUCACCCUCUAAAUAUUUUUCUUGCCCCCUUCACUCUUUCCUGUACAUUUGUCCCCCAUUCUCAAACCCAGUAUCGAAACGAGUGUGUCUCUAGAUUUAAGUGCGUGGGCGCACUUUUUUUUCCUCUAUGGAUAACGUCCCAGAUAAUGAAAUGCUCGUCGACGAAUAUGAGCAGUAUCACAAUGACAAAACGGACGAUGUUGUUGUCUCCCGGUCCGGAUCGGAGGAGCCGGAGCCGGAGCCUCUUGCAGACGAUUAUGCAGCGAUGAUGGCACGAAUCCUUCCUAAAGACCCGGAGUUGGAAACCGAAGACGAGGCGUACCAUACAUGGCAUAUUAAGGACUGGCGCAAGUUGAAGAAGAAGGAACAUGGCCCGACAUUCCAAUGCGCAGGAUUUCCAUGGCGGAUUCUAUUCUUCCCAUAUGGAAACCACGUUGAGCACGCAUCAUUCUACUUGGAACAUGCAUGGGAAAAUGAGCCACCUGAGAAUUGGUACGCUUGCGUUCAAUUCGGCCUUAUCCUGUGGAACGUAAACGACCCAUCCAUCAAAAUCUCCCAUGUUGCGACGCAUCGGUUCAAUGCGGAUGAGGGAGACUGGGGAUUUACCCGAUUUUGUGAACUACGGAGGCUGUUCAACGUACCAUGGGAAGGCCGUGGAGUAUCUCUCGUGCAAAAUGACGAAGCUAUGGUUACUGCCUACGUUCGUGUCGUUAAGGAUCCGACGGGUGUCUUGUGGCACACCUUCCAAAACUAUGACUCGAAGAAGGAGACUGGCAUGGUUGGAUUAAAAAACCAGGGUGCCACCUGUUACCUCAACUCACUACUACAAUCGCUAUACUUCACCAAUGCAUUCCGAAAGGCCACAUAUCAAAUUCCGACCGAGGCGGAAGCCUCCCGGGAUAACAGUGCUUGGACAUUGCAGAGGUUGUUCUAUAAUCUCCAAACGAGCGAAAACCCUGUUUCAACAGCUGAGCUUACUGCAUCUUUUGGCUGGGAGUCUAGACAGAUCUUUGAACAACAGGAUGUCCAGGAACUGUCGCGCAAGCUGAUGGAGAGACUUGAAGAGAAAAUGAAAGGCACGCCAGCGGAGAAAGCAUUGCCGGAGUUAUUUGUCGGAAAGACGAAGACUUACAUUUCCUGCAUCAAUGUCGAUUAUGAAUCCUCGCGAGUGGAAGACUUCUGGGAUAUUCAACUUAAUGUAAGGAACAACAAGACCCUGGAUGACAGCUUCAAGGAUUACAUUCAAGUGGAAACGCUCGAGGGCGAAAACAAGUACGACGCUGGGCCACCGUACGGUUUACAAGAUGCCAAGAAAGGUGUUAUCUUUGAAAGCUUCCCCCCUGUCCUACAUCUUCAUUUGAAACGAUUCGAGUAUGACAUCAACCGCGACGCUAUGAUGAAAAUUAAUGAUCGACAUGCAUUCCCUAUGGAAUUUGAUGCCACGCCUUACCUCUCCAAUGAUGCCGAUAAGUCAGAGCCGUGGAUCUACCAGUUACAUGGCGUGCUGGUGCACAGUGGUGAUUUGAACGCAGGUCAUUACUACGCUUUCCUAAAACCUACGAAGGAUGGAUAUUGGUAUCGGUUUGACGAUGAUAGAGUUACCCGAGCUACCGACAAGGAAGUCCUUGAAGAGAAUUAUGGUGGUGAAUAUGAGCUGGCCAACGGUGCCGCUGGCGUCAAGCAACCUUACACACGUGGUCUAUCGACGAAGCGCUCCAUGAACGCUUAUAUGUUGGUUUACAUUCGGAAGUCAAGGUUGGAUGAUGUCCUUCUUCCCAUAAUGAAAGAAGACAUCCCGUCUCACAUUGAGUCGCGUCUGAUUGAAGAACGCGUGGAGCUCGCACGCAGGAAAAAGGAAAGAGAGGAAGCCCAUUUGUAUAUCAACGUUGGAGUCCUGAAUGAGGAGUCUUUCAAGUCUCACCACGGAUUUGAUCUGACGAGCCUUGACCUACCGGCUGGAGACCCAGCACUUCCGAAGCAGUAUCGGAUACUCAGGGCUCAAAAGGUUGGAGAGUUUGCUGAGCAACUUGCACAAGAAAAGGGCAUUAAUGCCAAUCGAGUCCGAUUCUGGGUCAUGGUAAACCGUCAGAACAAGACAACUCGACCAGAUCAGGUUAUUAAGGAUCCAGAUAUGACAGUGGAAGAGGCCUACAGCAGAUUCGGCACGAAAGGGAACCCGUUCAGAGUGUGGAUGGAGGUCGGACAGCCCUCCGCGGAUGGAACGGUUUCUUGGCCAGACAGCAACAAUUCGGUGCUAGUCUUCCUGAAACACUUUGAUGCCCCGUCGCAGACAUUGUCAGGUGUUGGUCCCGUAUAUGUUCGCAAAAAUCAGAAGGUAGCUGAGCUUGCCCCACCAAUCCUUGAGAAGAUGGAUUGGCCUGCCGGUACAGAGUUCAUGCUGUUUGAGGAAAUCAAACAUAAUAUGAUCGACGUUAUGAAGCCAAAGCAGACCUUCCAACAAUCCGAGAUCCAAGACGGUGAUAUUAUUACAUUCCAGAGAUCGACCAAGGAAGCAGACUUACCUGCCACUGCUCUCUAUCAGGAUGCGAGACAGUACUAUGACUACCUUUUGAAUCGGAUUGGUGUUACUUUUGCCCCGAUAAAGGCUGGCGAAAACGAUGAGUUUACCUUGACUUUGAGCCGUAAGAUGACUUAUGACCAGUUCUCUAAGAAAGUUGGUGAGCAUUUGAAUGUCGAGUCUACGCACUUGCGCUUCGCUCCUGUCAUGGCAAGCACGGGGAAACCCAAGCAAUUCAUCAAACGCAACCCCAACCAAGCGAACCAGACCCUGUAUCAAAUCCUCAGUGGAACAAUGACCGGAUACGGAUAUAGCAUGCACCGUUCUGAUGCACUGUAUUAUGAGGUUCUGGAGACAAGCUUGAGCGACUACGAGUCCAAGACUUCCUUAAAAGUGACCUGGCUUCCGGAAGGCAUUACGAAAGAGCAAGUUGUGGAAGUAUUGGUACCCCGGGAUGGCACCAUCUCAGAUCUUCUCAGCGGACUGCAAAAGAAGGCAAAUAUUGAUGAAGAUACGAUCCGUGAAGUUAGGAUCUAUGAGACGCACGCCGGCAAAAUUUAUAGAGACUUCGUGGGUGAUACCAAAAUUGCCGGUAUCAACGAGUUUGUAACACUAUAUGCCGAAAGAAUGCCCGAGGAGGAGAUCAAUAUGGGAGAGGGCGAGCGCACAAUUAACGCCUAUAACUUUGAUCGCGAUUUGAACAGGCCACAUGGUGUGCCGUUCAAGUUCGUACUCAAACCGGGUGAGGUUUUCAAAGAAACAAAAGAGAGGCUUUCCAAACGGACUGGCAUCAAGGGUAAACAAUUUGAAAAGAUCAAGUUUGCCGUGGUUCCUCGUUCACUAUACUCAAACCCGCGAUAUCUUGAAGACGAUGAUAUCCUUUCCGACAUUGUCGGCGAUUCUGACGACCUCCUUGGCCUCGACCAUGUAAAUAAGAGCCGCAGCUUUUGGAACAGAAGUGAGUCGUUUUUCAUCCGAUAGACGGGCAGUUCUGUGCUUGUGAGUGUAUGAGAUUAGUGCACAAUUACCUUGCAAUUAGCGGGAAAUGCGUAUGAAAAUUCGGCAUGCUGGCACACACAAACAUGUUUAUGAAGAGCUUUAUACAAUUGAAUGAACCUGUGGACACCCUGCUUAUCUGUCUUCUACAUUUGUCUUUUCCUUUGCUCUCUGUAGACGGGCAGAUCUCGAUGUUGUCAUGAUCAUAGUCUUUUUAAGAGCUCCUUCGAGGACACUAAUCUGAUGCAUGACAUGAAAGCAAAAGCAAUAAAUAAGGAUACAAAGUAACAAGGCAACCUAACAUCAAUGCUCUUUGUAGGCCACCAGUAGUUUGAUACUGUAAAUGUGAAGUCACCUCCAUAGUUCUCCAGACUGCCGAUAUAGAAGCUAACUACUACGGGCUUAGACCAGAACUGUAAUUUGCCAGAGGCACCUGCGCUGGCUUGGCACCUACUAUGCAAACAUAGCAAACAUAGCGGAACACACAGCUGGCCAGAAGUUGGACUCGCACCGCGCCUUG